AUGUGGAGAAGUCUGCCUCAACUUCUUUUUUCCCUUGUGUUGGUGAAACUGUGGCUAGUCCAGGUUGCUCAUUCAAUGCCACUCUUGGAUGCAGGACCACAUGUGCAUAAUGGCUGGGGAGAGGCUAUAAGAAUAAGACAUCUUUAUACAGCAAGAAAGCAUGGCCAGGAAAGUUAUUAUCUGAGGAUAAAUGAUGAUGGCAGAGUUGAUGGAGAAAGGCAUCAAAGUGCUCACAGUUUACUUGAGAUCAGAGCAGUUGCAGUUGGGGUUGUAGCUAUUAAAGGAUAUCAUAAUUCACUGUAUCUCUGCAUGGGUACCGAUGGCAAACUCUAUGGAAUGCCUAUUUUUUCAACUGAAGACUGUUCUUUUGAAGAAGAGCUUCUACCAGACGGAUACAACAUGUAUAAAUCUUCAAAAUAUGGCAUUGCUGUCUCUUUGAGCAAGGAUAAACAGCGACAGCAAUACAAGGGGAAAGGAUACCUGCAAUUGUCCCAUUUUCUACCAGUAAUAAGCUGGGUUCCAAUGGAGGUCAGCAAUCCUUUGGGGGAUGAAGACUAUAGGUUUCAGUACAACAUGGAUGAGAAUAAAGGCUCUCUUGUUGAUAGUAUGGAUCCUCUAGGACUUGUGCAAUAUCCAAACUAUCACAACAAAUAA